UAGACGUCUGCUAUGUUGACAUAAAAUGAUAGUGAAUUGAUAAAAGAUUUUUCAACAAAGUUAGACUUAAUUUAGCUCAAAUAUGGAUACACAUGGUGUGACUGGGGCUCCGAAUGAAAGAGCCUUGUUGAAUUUAAUGGAGAAAACGGGCUAUAGUAUGAUUCAAGAAAAUGGACAGCGAAAAUACGGUGGACCUCCUCCAAACUGGGAAGGACCGCAGCCAGGAAGAGGAUGUGAAAUUUUCAUUGGUAAAAUUCCAAGAGAUUGUUUUGAAGAUGAACUUGUUCCAGCAUUUGAAAAAGUUGGAAAAAUAUAUGAAUUUCGUUUGAUGAUGGACUUUAGUGGCAGCAAUAGAGGUUAUGCCUUUGUUAUGUAUACGAACAAGAAUGAUGCACUAAAAGCGGUGAGGGAAAUGAACAACUAUGAAAUAAGAAAGGGACGUUUGUUAGGAGUAUGUCCCAGUGUUGACAACUGUAGAUUAUUUGUUGGUGGAAUCCCCAAAAAUAAAAACAAAGAAGAGAUUAUGAUUGAGAUGAAGAAAGUUACUGAUGGUGUUACAGAUGUGAUAGUGUAUCCUUCAGCCAUGGACAAAAGCAAAAAUAGGGGGUUUGCAUUUGUUGAGUAUGAAAGUCACAGGGCUGCAGCAAUGGCUCGAAGGAAGCUUAUACCAGGCAGAAUACAGCUAUGGGGGCAUCAGAUUGCAGUAGACUGGGCUGAGCCCGAACAAGAAGUUGAUGAUGAUGUUAUGAGUAAAGUGAAGAUCUUGUAUGUAAGAAAUCUGAUGCUAAGCACUACAGAAGAGACAAUCCUUAGAUCUUUUAACAAGGCAUGUGGACAUGAUAAUGCUAUAGAAAGAGUGAAGAAACUGAAAGAUUAUGCCUUUGUUCACUUCAGAGACCGGGAUCUUGCCAUUAAUGCUAUGAAUGUAAUGAAUGGUGCAUUGCUGGAGAAUUCUAGAAUUGAGGUUGUUCUUGCCAAACCAGUAGACAAGGCUGAGUAUCAAAGAUAUGCCAGGAACAAGACAGCUUUUCCUGCACAGGAAGAUGAUUCUGAGAUCACUGCAAUUGUUGAGCAGGCCUUUGGAUACAGCCUUCAGUUUGGUGACACAGUUAGCAAUGCAGGUACAAUGUAUAACCCAUUUGCACCACCACAGCCAAUGUUUGGAAGGGGAGUUGGUCGUACUGCUGUAGGUGUACGAGGAAUGAUGCGAGGCCGGGGAAGAGGGGCAGCUGGUACGCGGGGAGGUAGAGGUGGAUUUGUGCAGGGAUAUCUCAGGGCACCUUUUCCCAGAUAUGCACCAGAUGCUAAUUUAUAUGAUCUGCUACCUGGCAUGGAACUAACACCAACUAACCCAGUCACUUUAAAACCACAACAUUCAAAAUCUCCGAUACAGAUUCUAGAAGAAGUGUGUCAGAAGAAUGGAUGGGGAUCUCCAAACUACCAGCUACACUCGACCAUGGGUAGAGACGGGGGUGGUGAUGUCCAGCUUUUCUUGUACAAGGUUGCGAUUCCUGCUUUAACUGCUAACAGUGGACCCUUUCAGCCAAAUAAAUUAAGUAGGACUGUGGACGAGGCGAAGAAUUAUGCUGCAGAAUUUGUUCUUCAGCAGCUUGGUAUACCAACAGAAGGUGCUGAGCUCUUCACAGGCAGGCCUAUAACCAUUCCAAUGUCUGUACCUAUGCCAAGUGGGGUCCCAGCCCCUUCCCCUCAGGAUGUCGCAUUUGCUAACCAAAUGCUGAAAAUGCCACCACCACCACCACAUCAAAUUGCAGAGCAAUUUUUCCAUGCACCUGGUUAUGGUCCACCACCCCCAGUGACCAGCAUACAGACAGUAUCGCAGUAUUAACCUGAAGGAUGGAUUACUGAAAAGACCUCAUUAAGAUGUCAACGAAUAGAAGAUGUUUGGAUAGAUUUGACUGGAGAUUUUGGGGAGUGUUGUGUUUUUAAUGUAGCUGUGAUAUUUAUAAACUGUUACUUAUUAUGAAGAAACUAGUUUUAAGGAGAAACUUAUUUAUAUCAUAAUAUAUAUCCUAUUUUGUCUUAGAAGUUUACAUAAUAUAUGGAGAAAGCUUACAUUCCAUAAGUUUUAAAGUUUUUUUUGAAAAGUAUUCUGUUAUUGCACUAGGUUAAGUUAUAUACAGACUAUAGAGAGAAUAAUUAAAAUGAACAAGAAGUUAUCCUUUUAUUUUGAGUACAGAAAAUCUUAUGCUUUUCAUUAUUCAUGUGUGAUUUCUUCUGACGCACCUUUUCUAAAUGCAGAAAGACUUUGUGCAGUUGGAAUUGUGUUUUACAAAUGCCAGCAAUAUUACCAUGACUACCAUGUUUCUGUGUUUGCUCACGAUUGUCUAAAGAAAAAGAAGGAUAUUGACUACAAGGUUGUAAAUUUUAUUUGCUGUUGCUGUUUUUGUUUUUACACUAGAUUUUUAUUCAGCAGAAAUGUCACAAAGAACUAAUGUGAAACCUUGGGUUGUAAAUUUUGUUUUGUGUAGAUUUUUUCUAUUCAUUUUUUUUUGCAAUAUCGGUUAUUAAACAAGCCUUUGACUCAAGUGGAAUACUUGUUCCAAACAUUUCUAUAAAAUGAGACUGGAGUGAACACAAGUUUUGCAUCAUGUAUGGUUGUGUGAGGAAACAACAGCAUGAAAUGAAAUACUUCACAGUAAAAGAUGUGAGUUUACUGUUAUCAUGGAGGAAAAUGGAACAGAAUUUUUAUACAGUAUUCUUCAUGUUUAUGUUUUAUGUAGUAUUAGAUCAGUGUAUUUUAUUUUUUUUAUGUUGUAAGUUGUGCAUGUAAACACUCAAUGGCAAGGGAGUAUGUACUGAGACUAGAAAUCGGCUUUUUUUUUUUGUUUUAAGGCACAUUUCCCAAUAGUUCCCAAAAUGUGUCACUGUAUAGAGUUAGGUUUGUUUGAACAGCCCAGACCCUAUCAUGAUCAAUUUGUCUAAGAAAAACAUGAAUUAUUAGGAUUACUAGCUUUAAUUGUUGAAAUUAAGACCCUGGAAGUGCUACUAUUUUAUAAAAUGAAAUAUUUUCCACUUCGGUGUGUAAAUAUGUUGUUACCUUCUCUAUGUAUGUACAGUUAACAGUUCUGUAUUGAGGUGACAACCAGUGAUGUACCUCUGUAAGUACCAGUAUUUUUAGAUUUAUGUAUAAAUAUGUAGAGAAUAAUUCAAACCAGAUUGACUAGUAAGUUGCAUCAAUUUCACAAGUUUAGCUGAUGAAUCAAUUUUCAAAGUAAUGGUUUCUAUUUUGCCAUUGAGUGUAGUAGGAUUUCAGAUAUUUGGUUUAUUAGAAAGCCUAGUUCUGUAAGAAAAAUAGCACAGAGUGCUUUACAUAUAGUCCCCCAUUUUAUUGUUUUCUUUUUUCUAUUAAAUAUGUAUUUUGCUUAUCAGUUUUAAGCAUCUUUUUUGUCAUUUGUUGGAUCUUAUUUACUGUUAUUUAUGUUGCACGUCAUUUUAUGCUAUUUUACUUUGUACUUUUAUUUUUUUGCACAAUGAAUCUAAAUGCAAGAGUUAUUUUUCUUUUCUAUCUUUGAUAGAAAACCUGAUUUAAGACUGAUUGGAUUUACCAACGUUUGUGCCAAAGUAAAGAGUUAUGACAUAAUUUUUACAAACAUAUUCGGAUGUGUAUUUUCUCUCGGUCUCUCUGAUAUAAUUUAAGAUUUAAAGAGUUUCCCUCUUGUUGAGAGUUGCAUGACUUGCAUAAAUAAUUAACAUAUAUGUUAAUUAUCCAAUGGCUUUGAAUCCUUUUGAAGUCCUUUGUUAUUUUGUGUUAAAUAAGCUAUGUGCAUCAUUUAAAGGCAAAAUCAUGGCUAUAUAGUAAUCAUACAGUGUUCGAUCAAACCUGUAGCUUAGGAGAAUCCAAACUUUGCCAUUAUUUGUCUCCAUAUAAAAGUUGGAUAUACUUCAGAUAUUUACAGCAGAAAUUUUAACAGUGGUCUGAAGAGCCAGCUCAUCUUUAUUCAGAAGUGUCUUUAGGACAAGUCUUGCUGUAUAUCUAAGUUACAUUUUGUGGCUGUAUUUCAUGUUUGCUCUAGUUUCAGACAUGAGAUGUUAAUUGUUGUCAUAGAUAAUGGUCAUGAAUUUUUUGCUGUCCUUUUUAAAGAGAUUUCACUCAUCAUGAGUAUGAUUGCAAAACGUUAUGUCAUUUCUCUAAAGAAGUUUGUCCCAGGAUUAAGGAAGGGAUAUAGAUGUCAUAAUAUAAGUAGAUUUGCUUCAUUAAGACAUGUACAAUUUUUAGGGGUGUGGAUGCAUUUGCUUGUGUAAUUAAUUCACAUGCAUGGAUUGUAUACAAAAUUACUCUAUGCAAAACGAUUUAGCUUAAUUACAUGUUUGACUCACGAGUUGGAAAAAAUUAAAAAAAUUAUUUCUAAAUCCAAACUCUAGCCAAUUCAAGGAUUAUGAUAUGUUUAUUUCUAGAAAAUUUUCUUUUAGAAGAAUAACUUGUUUCUUAAAAAGAAAAGUUACACAUGACAUUGUUGUGUUUUAGAGAAGCUAAUAAAGAUGGGCACUGCUGGAGGUCAAGAAAAGAACCAUGUGUUUUAAUGAAGCAAAUCUAGGAAAGAACCAGGUAGAACUGGGUACCAAACAGAGAAGCAAGUAGGGAAGGGUACCAGAUAUUUUACAGAGAAACAAAGUCUAGAAGUUACUAGAUGAUGUUAGACAAAUAUGAGAUUGUGCUGCAGUUUUUAGCAGCAAAAUUUUACACAUGUUGUACUUUACUUUUGUUUUACACCAUACUCUGCAAUAAGGUUUUAAAUUGCUCAAGAACAUGUAAGAAUAAUGCUUUAUUGAAUGUUUUAAGCAGUGUAGAUUGCUUAAAGGCUUUCCAGUGUAGGAUGUUUAAUCAUGGUAAAUUAAAGAAGUUGAUUGUAGAAAAUGAAAUUUUUAAUGGAAAAAGUUAGAACUUUGCAAAUUACUUUAAUGGUUUUGGUAUCAUGUAGAGCUAAAAUUUUGUCAGUUAAUGUAGUGAAUAUCAUGUCUAGUUCUUUCCCUCAAUUUUUGUUUCAAAGUUAAAUUUAGGAAAUACGGAGUGAUUGCUUUCCUUUGAUUGUGUGUAUUUUGGCAUUGCCUUUAUUGAUGUGGCUUUCUUGCUGGACCCCAUGUUUAGUUUGUGUAUUUAGCCUUAAUCAAAAAUGUGAUUUUGGCUGGUAAGUGGAUACAGUCCCCAAAGGACAUUCCAAGUCAUUUUGAUGUUCUUUCGGAAACAGGAAGUUCUACAUUUUAAGGGCAUUCGCCAAUCUGAUGAUUUAUAUUUCAAUUUGAGAAUUGAUUUUUAAAAAAAUAGGACAGAGCUAGUCAGUUUUUAAUUUGAUAUUCCAAGAGAAUUGUUAUCCCAAUUGCCAUACACAUUUGUAGGGAUGUAGUAUGUUUGAAUCACUUUGUCUCAUUUGUCUAUCCAUUCUUCCAUCCCAAAAUAUUCAAGACAUUCAGUUGUAGACAGUUACUGAUGGCAACAAGGUACAAGAGCCAAAACUAUCUUAGUUAUUUAAACAAUUGUCUCCCUUCUUUUACUUUUCACACUUUUGAACAUUGAACGUUUAAUCCACUGAAGGUAAUCUGAUGUAUCAUGAUACAAUGAUCUUCUCACUUUUGUCGGGAUAAAAGUUUGCUAGAAAUGAAGGGAUGUCUGAUAGGCUGAAUUUUUAAGGAAUAAGUUACAGCUUAACUUUUUAAACAAGACUAUAACCUUUUCAACAGGCCUUUUAGUUGUUGGGGUAUGAUUCACCCAUAGUGAUAUCUUUAGACAUACUUGUGUGAACAGUUAUUAUAUAAUACAGGUUUAAUUUAGGGUAGUGUGGGACAUUGAUUAUGUUAGAGCUAUCUUAAGUAACUCUUGCCAUUUUGAUUUUUGCACUUGAUUUUAUGUAGUAUUUUUCUAUUGAUUAACAUUGAUAUUUUAAAUGUGCUUAAAAGGCAUCUCCAUGUAUCUUUGGGUAACUUUUGGGUUGGGAUUAUUAUUUAAUGAAGAAAAACAGUUUCCAGAAAUGAUUUAAAUUUUGUUUUCAUUUAUUGAACUUUGUUUUAUUUUAUGGAGAUGUCUUUCUAGAUUUUAUUAGAUUUUAGUAUUAAUUCCUUUUUUAUACGAUUUUAAAGCAUGUCAUAUUAAGAGUAAGGUAUUUUCUUUCUUUUUUGUUAUUAUAAAUUGGUGAGGGUUUUUAUUAUUUCAAAUAAUGUUUUAUUUUUGUGCCAUACAUUAGGUUGUGAAUUGCAGGGAGUUAUAACUCAAGAUUACAAUAUUUCCAAGAAAACAUGUUAAUUAUGCAUACCCAGGUAGGGGGGAAAACUCCAAAAGACUCAAAUAAUUUGAGGCCAUAAUAUUUGGUCAAAGGUGUAGAGUUUAUUGAAAUAAUUCCUUAUAAAAAUGAAUCAGUUAAUAAAAGUAACCAGUCUCUGCUAAAUUAUUUUUUAGCAAAAUUAAGAGCCAGUCCAUCAAUGCUCUUACAACUGCACAGUUGAGAUCAGUUAUGGUACUUCUGUUUGUAAAUAUGAUUUAAUAAGCUUUACGUUUUGUCUUAGAAUGAUAGAAAUAAUCAGAAUCCAAAGAAUUCUACAAACUAUAACUUGUACCCUCUUUAACUAUUUACGAAUCAUAAUAUAUAUCCAAGUAGUUUAGUAUUAAUCUUGUCUGAUAGUAAAUGUAUUAAUCAAAGUUAGUAAAUCGCAUAGAAAAGUGUAAAUCAUUUAAAUAAUCACAUGAUGUUUGAUAGUAAAGGUAUUAAUCAAAGUUAGUAAAUCGCAUAGAAAAGUGUAAAUCAUUUAAAUAAUCACAUGAUGUUUGAUAGUAAAGGUAUUAAUCAAAGUUAGUAAAUCGCAUAGAAAAGUGUAAAUCAUUUAAAUAAUCACAUGAUGUUUGAUAGUAAAGGUAUUAAUCAAAGUUAGUAAAUCGCAUAGAAAAGUGUAAAUCAUUUAAAUAAUCACAUGAAUCACUUAUUAAUCACAUGGAUAAUGUUUAAUCACAUUUAGAAUAUGAAUUAUGGUUUACUUUUUUUUCUCUUCGAAAAAUGAAAUAAAAAAAAAAUCACAUGUUUAUGACAAUCAUAAAACAUAAUCGCAUUCCUACAUAAAUAUAUGACAAUCGCAUAUAUAUCAUAAUCACAUGAUGCUGCUGUACAGUAAUAAUCAUUUUGUUAGAGACUUAGGCAGCCUCCUUACAAGCGCUGAGAUUUUAACUGUAAUAUUUAUGUUGACAGAAUGCAGUUCAUGUUCUUACCCCCUCCCCCCAAGUCGCAAAAUGCUAAUGGUUGUAUACACCAAACUUAGUGGUAUAAACUUUUAAGUGAUACACUGGUGUCCCCUUUCUUUAAAUUAAAUUUGAGCUGCUACAAGUUGCCUCUGAAAUCCUUUUAAUCAUUGUUGAGUUUCACUUUUACUCUUGCAUGUGUUACAAUGCUGAUGAAAAUUUGACUGCAUGUCAUUCGUUUUAGUUUACUAAAGUAUUAAAGUGUUUAUCUUUUUUUUAGAAUAUAGUGCAGUUUUUAAGUUUUGCUUUUUAGGGCAUUGCACUUGCACUAGUUAAGCUGCAAAUUCAGAGAAUUAUUCACACAGAGAGUGUUAUAACAGAUAAAACAAAAGUACUGGUAAGAAACUUGUUAACAUUAAAAGUAAAUUUUAAUAGGUGUGUUGCUCAAGGUCUGAAUGAUACAAUUUUUUUUUCUUUAUGGUGCAUAUUUUAUGGUGCUAUUCUGCAAUUAUUUAUUUAUUUUAUGCAUGAAGUUAUUAGGGAAAAUUAUGUGUCGUAAACAAAAAUUGAUAUAAAUUUGUGAAUUGGAAAACCAAACUUUAACUGAAAAUGUAAAGAAUCUUAAAACAGUUACAGAAAUGAUGAAAGUAAUAUGAACAAAAAGUCUAAAACUUUUUCUAAGAAAUCCAUUAUAUUAGCAGUAAAAAUCUUAGACUAUUCCUGCAUGUUUGAAUUACUUUUAUAGUCUCAUACAUCAGUUUAUAUAUGAGUUUUUAGUAUAUUGCAUAAGAAGUUCAUUAUGCAUGUUUAACAUCUUCCAAAUUAUUUUACCAUUUAGUUUGAUGACAUAAAAUUUGUUAAUUUAAACUGCUAGCUAAUAGGGAAAUGAGUUUUUAAAGACGAGUUAAAUUGGAAAUUGUCCAGAAUUUUAAGUGUUUGAGGUAAUUGGAGAUUGAUUAUCAUGGGUCCACUUAAACAAGGAAACCAUAACACAGUUACCAUAGUCCCCUGCAAAUAUAAAUGAAUUUGCCUUAUGAAUUUAUCAAAUUUAUCUUUUCUGAUAGAUAUGGAAACCAAAUUUUGUUGUCUCAGUAAUUAAAAUUACCAACCAUUGUAAAAUGUGUUUAUGCUUUUGAAAGUACAUAUAGCAUUAAAAAAAAUUGCACAUGCCAUUUUUAUUGUGUAGUAUUAUCUAUUGCAAGAACACGCAUGUCAAAUUAUGUUGGAAGGUGUUGGACAUGCUAACGAAUGUUGUGAUAAGUUUUAUUGCAUGUUUUUUUUUUGUCAUAUACAAAGUAUUUUAAAAUGUCAGGGAUACCUUUUUAAGAGUUAUUUCAGCCUUUUUGUGGAUUUUUUUUAUUUACAGUUGUGAACAACCAAGACAAUCGGGUUGUUAUUUAGUUAUUUAAAUUGAGAAAUGGCUGCAUGCAAAUGGUUAUUUAGCAAGUGGUGUCUGUGGUCUGCCACUGUAGACUUUGUUUAGAUUGAUUACUACACCUCAUGAUAGUUUUGUGGCCCUGAACAUGUUUGCCAGAAAAAACAGUGUAAAAUAAAAUGCAAUUAAGUUGAAAAGUAGACUGUUCUAAAGUUUUGAAAGGGGUAGAAUCAAGGAGAGGUAAUCUGUGUAUAAUAAGCAGAACCAGGGGGAGAUAAUCUGUAAGCAUUAGUGAAUGGAGUUGUAACAAUGGCAGUAUCAGGGGGAGAAAAAAGCUGUGAUAGGAAUUUUGAAUGUACAAGCUGGUCUUGACCAAUGACUACCUGUAUAAAAAUCGAACUAAAGUUAUCAUCUGAUCUUUAAUAUAUGACAAGUCUGACUAACAAUACAGCUCAUUUUACAAAUGUUUUUAUUUACAAAAAAAUUGAAAGAGGGACUAACAGACGAAGCAUAAAUAAUAAUAUUUUACUUAUGAUUCAAAUAUAGUGUUGUUAGUGAAAAAACCUUACUACUUACAAUUAAUGGUAAUAAAUUAGUAACAGAAGAUAAAGAAUUGCUUUGCAGUAAAUAAUAAUGUAAUAGUGUUUAUUUUAUACAGGAUGGUCGGGUGUGUAGAUUUUAGCCAUUAUACAGCAUAGCAUAUAUGAUAGUUCCGAGUUAGCUUUUAAGUUACCCAUAGUUAAGAUUGCAAUUUUAUAGCUUGUUCUACAUGUUCAGUUACAACUUGUUAAUGAAGUGAAACUGGAAAGGUUUCAUAUAACUUCACAAUAAAACUGUUGCUCAUUC